AUGGUGGCCUUUGCCAGGCAUCCUUGGAUGGGGCACCCCCCUCCAGCUGCCUCAGGGCCUUCCACCUGGGCUUGGGGCAUCUCCAGCUUUGACCCCCUCAUGGGGAGCCUGCCCGCAGGCCCUUGGGCUUCCAGAGUGUUUCCUUACCCUGUGGGGCCCCCACCUCCAUACUCCUCGGCCCCUCCAACUCUAGGUGGGGACACCCCCGAGCCCGGUGCCCAUCGGGGGUGGCAGACUCCGCCCAGCUCAGCCCUCCUGACUGCAGUGGGGACGCAGUCCAGAGCUGCUUCCCACGUGAAGAUGAUGCUCCAAGUCCUUCCAUCAGGAGGGGUGUCCAGGUUCAGCAUCUGGGCCCCCAAACCGCCCUGCAGCCCAGAACUCUGCCCUCUGCCCCUGUCCCCCUGUGCAGACCCCCAGCCGGAACCCCACGGCCCCCGCCCCCACCGCCUGCCCUCCCGCCCUCCCGGGCCCACCGCCGUCUCUUCUAGCUCUGAUGUGUGCCUGGAGACCACGCCCUCCAGGGCUCAGGGCCGUGGGGUCCAAUGA